AUGGUUAAAUAACAUUAUACAGAUAUAAAUUUGGAUGGAUACGAAUAAUCUAAUGGAAAAAUUAUAGAAGUCUAUUAAGUUUUAUAAGCACUAAAGGAUCCUGCAAUUUCAGAGAAAUAAUGGAAUCAAAUAAGUGCAAUAAUGAUACUUGAAAAUUAAUAAUUAUUGAAGGAACCUAUUCUAGAACCAUCUACACCUGUAAAUGAUCCUAAAUAUAAUGUUUUAUGGAUUAUUUAGGCUGGCUUAGAUUAAAUCAAAGACAAGUUAAGUGAAAUUUCUUUAAGAGAAGCAAAAGAAAUAUAAUUAGUUAAAAUGUUAGAACAGGUUGAAUCUAUUUGGAGAUCAGCUGCUAUUUUACUGUACAGCCAUAUAGAGAAUCAAAAGAUGUUUUUAUUCGAGGAAAUAACGAAGAUUUUAUUUCUAAAAUUAAUGAUGCAUUAUUAACUGUUGAUAAUAUUUUAGCAUCUAGAUUUGAAAAAGGAAUUAGACCUGAAGUAGAAAGAAAAUAAUCAUAUUUUUGAUGUUAUUUAAAAGGCUUUAGAUGAAUUUUUAGAAAAGAAAAGAGAUGUAUUUUAAAGAUUUUAAUUUUUAUCAAAUGAUGAAUUUUUAGAAGUAUUAUCAAACUAUAAAAAUAUCAAGGCUAUUCAACCAUAUUGAAUAAACUGUUUUGAAAACUUCGUAAAAAUUCAAUUUGAUUCCUAAGAAAAUAGAAAAUGCCAUGAGAAUGAUAACUGCUGAAGGAGAAAUUGCAGUACUUAAGGGAUAUUCUGCAAAAGGAAAAGUUGGAGAUUGGUUAACAACUUUAAGAAGAUAAAAUGAAAUCUUCUUUAAGUGGUGUCAUGAGAUAAUCUUUAAUUAAAUAUUAAUUAGAUACAUAGAGAAAGGAUUGGGUAUAUGA